ACCCCAGAAAAGCAGUGAAAAGACUCGCCAUUCAGGAUCUCAAGCUCUUAGCUAUAAAAGCUCCUCACUUGUGGACCAGGAAGAACAUACAGGUGUUAUGCGAAUGUGCUCUCAGCACCCCGUACAACAGUCUCAAGCUGGGAAUGCUGUCUGUCCUCUCCACACUAUCUGGUACCAUCGCUAUUAAACAGUACGUCAGCCCUAAUACAGGUGAGGCGUCUCCAGCGCCCCGUCACACUGACCUGGUGAAGCUGGCGCAGGAGUGCUGUUACCAUAGUAACCUGGCAGUGGCAGCCCAUGGAAUCACAGUGUUGACCAGUAUCACUGUUUCCUGUCCAGAGAAAGAGGUCAUCCAGCUGGAACAAGAAGCAGUGAUGGGGAUGGAGUCUCUCAUUCUGCUCUGCAGUCAAGAUGACCGUAAGACUGCGCAGGCCACACUCAAAACGGCGCUCACCUCUUUGGUGAAGAUGUUGAAGAGCUGUCCUCAUCUGAGUCAGAGCUCUGUGGAGCUCCUGCUGGCGCAGCUGCACUGCGCGUGUGACUCUGCGCGGGUGCUCAUGUGUCAGGCUCUGGCUGCUAUUGCCACACAGCAGCCGGUGCUGGCAGAGGGAAUGCUGGGAGACCUGCUAGACCUCUUCAGGGUGGCAAGUCACAGAACCUCGGAGAAACAGCAGGAGCUUCUGGUUUCUUUGGCAACAGUAUUAUUUGUGGCCAGUCAGGCUUCACUCUCGGCCGAAGUAAAGACAGUGAUCAGGCAGCAGUUGGAGAAUGUGGCCAAUGGGUGGACCGUGUACCGCAUUGCCAGACAGGCCUCCCGCAUGGUGAGCUGA